CGAAUAGAGGAGGGGGUGGGAAGUGGACUAUCAAGCGCAAGACUAACCAUUGCCUCCUUUUCUCUCCUCCCUAUUACCAAGCACCCCAGUCUGGCCAUAGUGAAGGGGGCAGGACUUGUGAUGCGAGCACUAAUUGACGAGGCCUCGGAGGAACUGGUGGCUCAACUGCGCCAAAUGUCCUUGGCCGAGGGAGCCCUUUUGCAGCACAUCUUAAUCGCCUGUUUUGCUAAUACCAAAGAUCCGCGAAAUCUUGUUCUCAGGCAACUGAGUCGUCAAUUGAUAGCCCUGUGGACAGAGAACAAUCCUCAGGCCCAGGAUUUGCUAAAACGCAUCUUUCCUGAAGGUCUUCUCUCGUUUUUGGAAUCGCCUGAUUCGCCUCCUACGGUGGAAAAAGAUCACCUUUUUGUGAGGGACAAUCUUCAGCUAGCUCAAGAGCACGUGUUGCGGGUACAAAGUAAAAAAUCGGAGCCGCUUUACAUUCUUCAGGAGCGUGUGGAUAGUAUUUUGCAGCACUGGAGGGUCAAAGUUGGUCUUCAACCCAGGAAGGAGGUGGAAUUCACCUUUCCCUCAGUUUAG